AUGAAUUUCAUUCCUCGUGCUUCAACAGAGGCUAAACCAGCUCCUAUUGUGAAAAUAUUUGAUUAGAGCUUCAAUCAUUUCAAGGAUGACUGCCAAGAUGAUAAGGAUUUCUUAUAGACUAUGGAAUGCAUUUAGACAAUUUUGAGAAAUAUAGACUAACAAGAAGUGAAGAGCUUAAGUAGCAAAGAUUUAGCUUAGGCAAAGUAAUGGGCUCUUGCUCUAUGCCUUAAGUGUGAAAAAUAAGUAGCUAAGAAAAGAAGGAACAAGCUGGCUUUGCAAUUACUUGAACAAAUCUAAGAAAGAAAACUAUAGCAACCUUUUGCAACAGUGACACCUAAGAAGAGCCAUAGUGAAAGCAGAGACUAAUUCAAUUUAUCUGAUAACUCUGAGCUUAAUAUUGAUGACACGAGUAAAAUAUCAUCUAACAAGAAAUCAUUAUUUAAAACCAUGAGAGAUGACACUCCUAUUGAAUAAGACCUCUAUGAGUUAGAUUUUAGUAUGGAGUAAGAUUCCUCGAAGAAGUCUAGUCUAAACUAAUAGUCAUUGAGACUUACUCUAGCCUAAAAACUUAUUCAACCAUGUUUAUAAGCUAAAUAGCUGAAUUUUCUCUCUAAUCACAACAAAAGCUAAGAUUAACUCUCUAGUCAAAAGAGAAAAAGUUUAGACAAUGGCAAUUCUUAGCAUAGCUUAUCUAUAAAGGAGAAUGUUAACAUAAUGAAUCAUAAAAAAGUCUAGACAUAAUAGACUCCCCAGUAAAAUUCGUCAGUGCAUGCUAACAAGUCGCAUAGAACAUUUCUGAGCAAAUAUAAGGAUACUAGUUAGAAAACGAAGAGUAUUGUUGGGGCUGUCAGCAAUAGUAGCAACAAUAUUAUAGGAAGUGGAUCAAAUAGUGCAAACACUUUAAACACAAUGAGUGAUAAGUGCCAGAAUUACAAAUCUAUGAUAGCUUAAAUGAACAGUCCAUAGCUAAACAAGCAAAAUAGAUAAAUUGUGCUAAGGUCUUUCAAAAUUGAGUUAAGAGUAUGCGAGAGAGUAAACCCUACUCCGAAGGAGUAAAAGGCUGAAUGUAUUAAGAAAUCUUAAGCCAGCUAGAUGUAUAUGAUGGACUGGAAAUCUAAGAUAUAAACAGAGGUGGAAAUUAAGCAGGUUGCGAAGCCCACCUGCUCCAAGUAUAAUAGCAGACUGGGUAUGUCUAAGUCUAUUUCAGAUCUCAAAUUCACUGAAAACAGUUAAAAAACAAACAGCAAAAAGAUGUCAAGAAUUAGCAGCUAGUGUACUAUCAAUACAAGAAAGCCAUGUAGUAGCAAAAAUAGUACAGAGAGAUAAAGAUCAGAUCUUAAGAGUGUCAAUAAAUCACCUAUGCCAAGUGAUAGUGUAAGAACUUCAAUUGAAGAAGGAGUCAAGCAUUGCAACAUGACAAUGACGCAAGUAAAGUAAAAUGGUUUAAUCAAUGCUAUGAAGGAGGUACCUAUACAUUCGUGCAAGAGUAAUAUGAAUUAACCUUUCAAUUUGAAAACCUACAUCAACUCUACUAAUACUCUUAAAACUUUGACAAGAGUGACAGAAGAUACACCUGGUGGCUUUAAAUCACCUCUUUCAUGUUCAAUAUCCCAGAAUUACUUUGACAACACUGGAGUGACUAACUCAUCUCCAUAGACCAAUCACAAUAUCCAAGAGGAUCUGAGAGUAGUUUUUCAUUAGGAAACAGAGUAGAAUGAACACUCAACAGACACUAGAGAUAAUUCAACUACUGGAUUGAUUAAUAGAAUCCCAAACAAUAGUGGGCCAGUGAGCGGCAAUACUAAGCAUAAAGAGAAAAUUAUGAAUGAAGAUAGCAAAAUAAGUAUUAGCAAUCAUAAUGAUUCAAUCAAUUCAAUAUGCAAUCAGAAGGAUAGUCCAGCUACUAACAGUACCACUGCUACAACUGCCAGUACUACUUUAAGAAAUGGAAAAGUCAAAUCAAAUGAUAGAGCUCAGGGGAGUUUAAGCAACAUGUUGAAAGGAGAUAGCAAGAUAUGGAAUAGAAGUAAGAUGAAUGAGCUGUACAAGCAGAUAUGCCUGAUGAAAAAAGCCGAUGAAGGGUUAUUUAAGGAAUUAAUGGGAAAGAUGAGUGGUCUAUAGGUUAGAGGACAAAGUAAAGGAAAUGAUAAAAAGGUAGAUCUAAGGAUACCUCGCCAAAUAAACAGAAAGAAUAUGAGUUUCAGUCACAGUUUUGCUUACUCAAAGACAAGAGAACAAGACAUCGCUCUUUUGCUUACCGCUGGUGCCCACAUUGGUACUGAGAACUGCUCAAGCUUGAUGGCUCCAUACAUGUACAAACGCAACAAUGAGGGAAUUCACAUUAUCAACGUCGCCAAGACCUGGGAAAAGCUUAUGGUUGCUGCCAGAAUUAUUGCUGCCAUCCCCAACCCAAGAGACGUCUUGAUCGUCUCAAACAGAGAAUACGCUUAAAGAGCCGUCCUUAAGUUCGCAACCUACACUAAGGGUAACUACUUGGGAGGAAAAUGGACUCCAGGUACACUCACUAACUAGAACACAAAGAAAUUCUUAGAGCCAAGACUUGUGAUCGUAUGCGACCCAAGAACCGACCACUAAUGUCUUAUUGAAAGUUCAUACAUGAACAUCCCAACCAUCUCAUUGUGUGAUGCUGACUCUCCACUCAACUUUGUUGAUAUUGCUAUCCCAUCAAACAACAAGGGUAGACAAUCAAUUGCCCUCCUCUUCUAUUUACUCUGCAGAGAAGUUCUCUACCUCAGAGGUGAGAUCGACAGAAACGAAGAUUGGGAAGUCAUGGUUGACUUAUUCAUGCACAGAGACUUCGACGAGAAGAAGGAUAAGCCAGUUGAGGCUCAAGAGGAAGAAGAAGUUGAAGGUGCUGAUGCUGAUGCCGCCGUUGAGGACCACAUGAAGAAAUUCCAAGAGGGAGAGGAGCAACAAGACGAAGACGAGGGUGAUGAAGAAGACGAGAAAUGGACCAACCCCGCUGAAGCCAAGGGAGCUUAUGCUAAAUGA